AUGGGCAUUACCUCUUCAUGGGCCAUUCCAGCGUCCAAGCAACCCUUAUCAACAAUACUCCUGAUACUUUUACUUGGGAAAAUAAUCCACGCCCCAGAGGCACCUGCGGGUACACCUUUCGGCGUGUUUCCAGACCUGAGCCAAGCCCAACUCGUCGUUGCAAGAGAUAAUGCCAUAGAACAAGUUGACGAAAGAUGCAAGUUAUCAAUGAAGGAAAUCAUCCAGGGAAUGAUCGGCAGUCCUCUUAGUUCUGAACCUGAGAAUUCGACAAAAAGAGAGGCUCACCUGCCGGAUACGUUCCAAAGAAGAGGCGAUGCUGAUGAGCGCACUCGCACGUCUGACAAUGCUGACGCGGUUGCAAGGGGGCAGAAAAGGAAGUCGCAGCUCGAAAACACUUUCGAAGGUCAUUCCUCCAACGUAGAUACCGACCAAGGAAGCAGCGAUAAACGCCCUCGCACGUCUGAAAGUGCCCAGGCGGCGGGGGCAAGGGAGCAGAUAAGGAAGUCGCAGCUCGAAAAAAGUUUCGAAGGCCAUCCCUUGAACGUGGAUGUCGACUUGGAUCGCACAGCGGAAAGCAGAGAAAAACGCCCUCGCACAAAUGAAAAUGCCGACGCGCCAAGCAGUUCGACAGAUCCUUUGCAAUCGGGUAGUCCACCUCCUAUUACUAGCGAAGCUCGCACCGACCUCCUGACGCGUGUGAUGAAGCCACUAGCUCAUUGUUGGAUGGAUCACUCUGAAAUUGAUCUCAGGAAAAGAUAUUCAAGGAGGUUUAAAGAGUUGGCAGAACAACUUGAGGAUCUUCUUGUCAUCAUUAUCGAUGCUCCAAGAAGCCCUAGUCUUGACCGUUCUUCUAUGGGCAUCGAGUGGAACCUAUUGAGACUAUCGCUGGAACCUCUUAAACCUUCACCAAAAAUUUUUGAUCACCUGGCUGGACAGUUGUUUGCAAAAAUGUCGGAGAUGUGGGAUCUAUUAACGGAUCCUCAAAGUCUUCGCCCCGUCAAGCUCCCGUUAGCUACAAGCAAGGAUGAGGUAGCGGUCCCGUCACAUUAUGCAAUGAUGUAUCGCCUAAACGAUAUUUGGGUUGAAUUCCUCGCUGUUUCAGCAAAGCACGACUUGCUCAGUGACGGUUGUUUGGAAGGUUAUCUGAACAACAAAAACGCAGCGCACGGAGUCUACAAUUAUAUCAUGGGUAAAUUUGUUCCAUGGCAAAGUAUUGCAUCAUUAUAUCUAAAUCUUGACUUGAAGCUCGGCCUUGAAGAGAGUCGUUUUGCUCGUGGUGCACGUAGUCUCUGGAAGCUUACAUCGGAUGAAGUAAGAUACUCCGACAAAUCUACCCAUGAUACCUGUGUGAUGUCUUUUGUCGCACUUUUGCUCGACCACAUUUUCGAAACACCUAACCCACGAGGUGACGGCCCCGACUCCCAUUUCGAGAUACGCAGACAUGGGGUCUUGAUCAAGAUGCUACGAUACAUGAUGCAAUUUCACAUCAAAGGCGUUUCCAAUGAACUUAUGGCUGAGCUCCAAAAGAUGGACGUUUACCCACAAAUCCAAGCAUACGAUGAAGCCGCACUCUUAUUUUCGGAUGUACUUGACUCCAUGUAUGUCAAGUAUGGAGAAGUUCUUCAAAAUCUUUCACCACACGAACUGGUCGACAGGCGGAGAAGGCUCGACCUAUGGGAUAUAAUUCAUUUGACGAACAGAAGCCAAAGAAAUCAACCUUCCAUAUUUUCUCUCGGCGCAAACGUAGAGCUUCCGCUUCACUACAACCAGGGAGUCUCUGCAGAAAGUUCUAUCGGAAUCGAAAAACCCAAUUACAGAUUCAAACACUUACUCCAUAGGGAUUUUCAUUCUUUUCCUGAAUGGCGGAAACGGAUGGAAAAACUCGGAUCUGAGUUUUCUCAUCCAACUCCGCCAUCAAUAUUUAUCCUUGAACAGGAGAGUAGGGAGAUUGCAAAAACACUUCAAACCAGACUUCAUAAACUUUCCCCCAAACAGCAAGCUAAUCACUUGGACAGAAUUCUUCAAUAUUCCUUCUACCAAUCCUACUCAGUUGACAAUACAUUUUGA